UUCUGGCUGUUCAAAACUAGAGAGACUUCCAGAGAUCACGGAAGUUAUGGAACAUUUAGAAGAGCUUCUUUUAGGUGGAACAUCUAUAAGAGAGCUGCCCCGUUCAAUUCUUCGUCUCAAAGGUCUUGUGUUACUGAAUCUGAGAAAAUGCAAAGACCUCAGGACUCUUCCAAAUAGCAUUUGUGGUUUGAAAUCUCUUGAAACCCUCAUUGUUUCUGGUUGUUCAAAACUCAACAGAUUGCCAGAGGACCUGGGAAUGUUGCAAUGCUUAAGGAGGCUUCAAGCUGAUGGAACUGCCAUAACAAAACCACCUAUCUCACUUGUUCAAUUGACAAACCUUACAGAGUUAUCAUUUAGUGGAUGCCAAGGAUCAACAUCUAACUUCUGGAUCUCGGCCCUUAUAUACAGGUUACUCCAUAGAGAAAAUUCAGAUGGGAUUGGUUUGCAGUUGCCUUCUUUGUCAGGUCUACGCUUCAUAGAAAAUUUAGAUCUAAGUGACUGCAAUUUAAUGGAAGGAACAAUCGAUAACAAGCUUUGCCACUUGGACCGUCUGGAAGUAUUAAAUCUCAACAGAAACCAUAUGGUUAGCAUACCUGCAGACAUCAGUAGACUUUCUAAUCUGAAAGUUCUUUCGGUGAGGCAGUGUGAGCAACUUCAAAAAUUCCGAAGCUUCCACCAAGCAUAAAAUUAUUAGAUGCCUGUGAUUGCACAUCCCUGGUGUCUUUACUGACUCCAUCUCGGAUAAUAAGCCCACAAAACUGGUUGGUUUCCACUUGGCUUCGUCCUGUGGAAUUCAUGCUAUGGAAUUGCUCCGGACUAUAUCAGGAUCAUGUGGCAAUGGCAUUAGAGACACUUCAUCAGAAACUUUUUCCAGAAAUAGGAUACAGUAUUGUGAUUCCUGGAAGAGGGAUUCCAAAGUGGCCCUGGCAUGAGAAUAUGGGAGCUUCAGUUUCAGCAACCCUGCCCCCACAUUGGCUUGACAAUAACUUCUUGGGGGUUGCUCUAUGUGCUGUGUUUGCACUUGAGGAGGGCGAAACUAUUCAGCGGCCUGGUGAGAUUCGCUGUAAUUUUGAAUGCAGGGAAGGGCCUUGUUUCAGUCAUUCCAUCACUUGGACACACAGUGGAGACCGAAUUGUUGAGACGGAUCACGUGUGUAUGAUGUAUCAACCUCGCCGUCAAUUUGUGAAAUCAAAGUCUACCUAUGCCAGUGUGUUCAAGCACAUCAAGGCUUCUUUUAGUCUAUCAGGGGCAUCGCAUGAGGUGAAAAAGUGUGCGAUCCGUCUUAUAUAUGCCCCAAAUACAAGUGGUAACAAUAUGGAAAAUUUCCGAAGUGCCACCAGGAAUGGCUCCGUACGCCAAAAUAAUUAAUGAUUUACUACCUUACAAUUUAUGGGGCAUCUCAACUUGGAAUGGUUAUUCAGUCAGGAAUUCCCACAAUAUGUGCUAUGAUUACGGUAAGUAGGACUUUUUGGAGAAAAAUACAGACAAAAUGUUCGAUAAAUGCAGCUAAGAAAACCUUUGUGGUGUUUGGUUUAAAUUUAUUAAAUAUAGUAGUAUGGUGUUACCUGCAAAAUAUAUGCUCUUAACUGUACUUUUCUGGAACAUUGAUUCAUAGUUUCAAGGUUUUGCUGCUAAUUUGUGCAUCUAAAUAAAAUUGUAGUUAUCCUUUUGGAUUUAUUAGGAAAACAGAAAGCCUUCUUGUU